GUGUGUGUGUGUGUGUGUGUGUGUGUGUGUGUGUGUGUGUGUGUGUGUGAGUGACAGCAACCACUCCGCCCACUUCCUCCUCCUCCUUCCCCUUCUCCUGGUCCUCCUCCUCUUCCCCUUCGUCCUGCUGCUCCUCCUCCUCACCGCUUCCGUCACUUCAGCUUCAAUCACUUCACUUCACUUCAAGGCCACAAGAAGCAGCUGAUUUCUAGAUGCGAUUGCGGGAGCUGAAACCACCACCACCACCUCUUCCUCCUCUUCCUCCUCCUCCUCUCCUGCAGCCUCCACUCACUGCUCCAUCGUGAGAGUGGCUGUCUGGGUCUGUAUGCCUUGCCCUCUCCUCCCUUCUCUCCCUCUCACACCAUCUCUCCUUGACAUCCCUUCACCUCCUUCCCAUCUCGCGCGCUCUGCAGGCAACCAACCCUUCCACCGCCAGUCCAUGCAGCAUCUCGCCCGAGCUUCCCCACCGCAGUUGAGGCACCGCGCUGGAGGCCUUACGAGAGGUUCCGGGCGCUCCUAGGACACCCAGUGGACUCGGGGCACUUAGCUAGACGGGCCCUUUAGUUUACAGUGACGCCUCAAGGUUCGUGUGUGGCUGAAAACGCUGUGUAUUGCCAUUGACGAUCUCCAGAUGCGCAGAACUCGGGGCAUUUAGCUAGAAGAGAGCCCCAAAUCCGAAGCAUUCGAAGUGAAUCUGAGGAUCGUCUCGUGUCCCGUUGUUUUUCUAGUGGUCGGCGGGAGACGCUGUGUGCUGCCGGCAUUGUCUGUUCCUUCAGGCGUGUGUCUUGAGGCUCAGCGUGCUCCCUCGUGUGUACCGUGGGGAUAAUACUUCUCCUGUGCACGCUCCUCUCUCCAUUCUUCUCUCUUUACUCUCCCUCCUCUUUCCCCUCCUCCUCCUCCUCCUCCUCCACUUAUCCGUCACGAAAAUAUAAAACUGGCUGCCACACUCCACAAUUCUCCUUUCCUCUUUCCUCCUCCUUCUCCUGUCCUCUAAUUCUUAUCGCUUACGAGAAUAGAAAUCUGGGUCUUCCUUUCCUCCACUUCUCGUCUCUUAUUCUUAUCUCUCACAAGAAUAGAAAAACUGUGCCUAUAUUUCUCUCUCCUCUCUUAAUUCUUCCUCUUCCUCCUCUCUUCAUCUUCUUAUCGCUCACGAGGAUAGAAAUUGACUCUUCAUAUCUCUCCUUCCUCCUCCUCUUCUCUUCGCCCCUCUCUUAUCCCUUGCUAGAGUAUAAAAGCUCUGGCUAUACACAUACAUACACAUACACAUACAUACUUCCCUUCCCCUCCUUCAUAUUUCUUAUCCUCAAUCCCCUCGGUGAAAAUGAAAGAACUGUGACGCAGGGGAGAAAACCACAAGCACGGGACACGAGGUAAGGGCCGAGGAAGUGUGUGUGUGUGCUCGUAUGUAAACAAGUUGGUCUACCUGAAGUCCUCCUACUCGUGCUGCGGGGAACAAAGAAAGCUGUGUUUGUAGUAGUAGAAGCAGGAGGAGUAGGCCUUCGUAAAACAGACACACAGCAGCGCUUCCAUUCCUAUCCUCACACCUCACGCCCCGUCCUUGCCACGCCCCCCUCCUCAGUGAUGCUGCCAAACUGUCUGUGAUCAAGCGCGCCGUCGCCAAGCUUAGGGAGGUAUGUGUGAGAACUAAGCAAGUCAGGAGGCAAGAAGUAGUAGUAGUAGAAGAAAGUCCAGCCAGGCAGCCGCUUUGCUCCGACUGACCGACGCUCAACCACUCCUCAGGGUUCGUUUGCGGCGGCCUCUCAAGAAAACACGCACGCACACACGCACACAGACAAACCCAGUGCAUUGUUGGCCACGAAGAGUGCGUGUACGUCUGUGUUGUUGCUCUCCGCUGAAAAAAUCCAUCAAAGGAAGUUGCAUGCAAACACUCACGCAAGGCACUCAGUUGACUAAUAUCCAGAAAAAGGUGUGCGUGUCAAAUACAUAUCGAAGGGAAACUCAUGCAAUCAGACACACGUAAUAUACUCGUUCGACUGUAUACUUGUGUCCACUGAAGUAUAUAAACCUCAGCCAACCCCCUUAUCACGUGUUUGUGUGUAUGUGAAGUGAACACUAUCGUAAACUCUUGCCUGCCGAGUGUAUACAAACAGCCGCGUGCCUUCCGCUACCAUGACCCAGCCGGAAGCACACUAAACGGGCUGCUCGAGGAGGCAAUAGAAGGACCAAGCCAAUCAAACCACCAGCAGCUUAUUUGACUUCCACCACCCGGCACACACACGCCUGACAGCUCAAUCAAGCCACAAGAACCUCAUUUUACCACCUCCAAGCACCCACGCCUUUCCCUUGACCAACUGACUCAACGAAGCCAACAUAACCUCAUUUGACCACCACCACCACGAACAGCAGCAUACAUUCCCUCCCUGGUGGUAUAGUGAUCCUUCCCCCGUUACCUCUGCUGCUCUUCGUCCCCGCGUGGCCCCGAGAUGACCGCUGAGAGCCCCGUGGCGGUGACCCUGGAGCGGCUGACUGAGGCCGCCGCCAAGCCCGCCGACAAUGUGGAGGUGCUCAGGAGUCUCGUCGCCAGGCUGCACGGCAAGAUCAAAGCACAAGAUGCCGAGAGCCGCCAGGAGGUGCUGUCCAUGGUGUCAGCGUCCCAGCACCAGGGCGUGGAGCAGCUGGUCAAGAUCAUGGAGCUGUGCCGUGACCCCAUGCUGGUUGCUGGCGUCUGUGCUCUCCUCCACGACCUCCUCUCUCCCAGCCACAAAGAACAGCGUCAAGGCGUGCUACAAAAGUGCCUGGCCCUCAACACUGCUGAGGUCAUCUUCCGCACCCUCAAGGCACUGUCCACCGAUGGUCUGGGGGCCAUUGAUGUGUGCAUUCACCCCGCCUACCAGGUCUUGGCCAAGCUGGCCUCCAAAGAGCCCAAGCUAGCAAUAAAGGCUCGUCUGGUGGGCGGCGUCAAGCUCACCCACCAGCUGUUACAGGCCCACAGCAAGAACAGCAUCCCUCUCCUGCCCCUCCUCAUGGUCGCCAAAUACCUUGCCAAAAACUCCACCAACCAGAUGAUGCUGGGCAAGGAGGGGUGUGUGGCUACCUUGGCGACCAUCCUCAGUUCAGUGCCCAAGACUCACUGGGCCAAGAUCAAGUUCAUCAUGGAGGUCUUGGCACUUCUUACAAAAGCCAAUUAUGUGAGUCCCCGCCUGGCAGCCAUUGUCCGGGCUAAUGGCCACUGUAAGCUCCAGGCGGUCCUUAACUGUUUCUUUGAGAGCAACGUGAUCCGGCUGGUGCGUGAGUCUGGCCUGCAGCGUGUCCUGGCCACCCUUGACGGCUGGGAGAAGGUGGAGCGCCGCCACCAAGUCAAGCUUAUCCGUGGCAUCCUCAGCACUCUCUCCCACGUCUGUGAUUCAAAGCAUGGGCGCAAGGCUGUGAUAUCCCUGAACGGUGUUGAGAUAGUCCAGCGCUUCAUCCAGAUGUGUCCAGCUGACAAGAAGUAUGACAGCAACCUUGCUAAUGCCACCAAUGUGUUCCUCAAGUGUGUCACCAAAGGAGAGCUGCCGGUGGCCUCUGUCCGGGGUGCCUUCACUUUCCAGGUGCCAAACAGGGAUGCAUCACCAGCUCCCUCAGAUGUACAAAUGGACUCGUCAGGGAUGGGGAUGGAUGUGGACACCUCGGAGGAUGAGGCUGAAUAUGAUGUUGAGGCUGAAGAGGAAGAGAUGGAGCUGCAGAAAGACUUCAAAGGACUCAACAUUACCCAGGAGUACUGCCCUACCCUGCCGAGGAUAGACGAGUUACAGAAACUUGCUCACUUGUUUCCUGAACUGGAUGACUUUCAAGUCCAAAAUGGCACAAAAUUUGCAGAUUCUGUGUUAUCUUCAAGGGAAGGCAGCUUCAAGGAGGGUAUGAGUGAGUCUGGCACUGAGCACUACCUGUUGGCCUCAGACACCACCAGGAGCCUGAUCAGCUUUGUGAAGGCGGCCUACCCGGACCUGGUGGGGGCGCAAGGACCCCCCCACCUGGAGGAGCUCUAUGAAAAAGACCGCAAAGUCUGCAGGAACAAGGCCAUUGCAACAGUGGAGCGCGUCCUCCACCCUGAGGUGUACAUGGAGCGUGUGGUAUAUGAUCUUGACUACCUGCUGGAGUCUGAACACUCCCUCUCACAUCCCCUCAUCACCCCCUCCACCACCACCACCACCACCACUACCCUCAGACCGCUCAGCAACUUGGAUGAGAAACGUGUGGGUAAGAAAGACAUGGCUGUGAACCACCUCAACUUUGAGUCCCGGUUUGAGAGUGGAAAUCUUCGUCGGGCCAUCCAGGCCUCCAAAACUGAGUAUGACUUGAUCCUGAAUGCUGACGUCAACUCUGCGCAUCACUACCAGUGGUUCUACUUUGAAGUGAGCAACAUGGAGGCCAACACACCUUACAUCUUCAAUAUCAUCAACAAUGAGAAGCCCAACAGUGAAUUCAAUUUUGGGAUGAAGCCUGUGAUGUUCAGUGUUCAGGAAGCCUCGGAGGGGCGGGCCAUGUGGGUGCGCACGGGCUACGACAUCUGUUACCACAAGAAUCACUUCUCCCGUAUACCCAAGUCCCACGACACCACUCGCUCCAAGAGGCAGGCGGCAAAUGCUUGUUACUACACAGCCACCUUCACUGUGGUCUUCCCUCACUCCCAUGACAUUUGCUACAUUGCCUACCACUACCCUUACACAUAUACCCGUCUAAAGGCUUACCUCUCCCGCCAAGAAGCCAAAGAGUUGCCGAGCCAUGUGUUCUACAGCAGCCAGCUCCUGUGCCACACCUUGAAUGGCAACCCAGUGCCUCUGUUAACCAUUACCUCAAAAGAUAAUAUUAAGGACAAAGAGGUAAUCUUCCUGACGGCCCGAGUGCACCCCGGGGAGAGCAAUGCCUCGUGGGUGAUGGAGGGCGUCCUGAACCAGCUUCUGAAGGAGUCAUCCACUUCUCGGUACCUGCUGGACAAGUUUAUCUUCAAAAUUGUGCCCAUGCUCAACCCUGAGGGAGUCAUCCAUGGAAAUCACCGUUGUGGCCUUACUGAUGAAGACCUCAACAGGCGGUGGAGGGAGCCUAACCCCACGCUGCACCCCACCAUCUAUCACGCCAAGGCCCUCUUGGAGUACCUGCGCUCGGUGGCCAAGGUUAAGGUGCGUGUGUUCUGUGACUUCCACGGCCACUCGUGCCAAAAGAACGUCUUCAUGUAUGGCUGCUCCUACCAACAGUCGUGGUGGCCCGGUGACAGGGAGGUGCAGGACGAUCCAGAUUACAGGCUGCUGCCACACCUUGCUCAGGCAUGCAUGAGGACCUUCUCUCUAUGGGAUUGUCACUUCCUAAUAGAAAGGGCGAGGGAGGCCACAGCACGAGUGGCCGUGUGGAGGCAGUUCAACAUCCCCAUGUCAUACACCAUGGAGGCCUCCACUUGUGGCUGUGACCAAGGACCAUACAAGAACAACCACCUGAGCACCAAGCAGCUUCUGGAAUCUGGCGAGGAGCUGUGUGGGGCGCUGGCCUACCUUGCAUCCGGCCCCGUGGAACGGCCAGAUCAGCUCAAAGUGGACAUUCGCAGGCCGGACAGUGAGUCGAGAGUCACGUCGGAGCGGAGCCUUGGAGACUUCUCCCAUGAGGUGGUCUUCUGGAGCAGCGACCUUGAUGAGGAUGAACUGGACUCUGAUGCUGACCUUGACCUUGAUCUUUAUGGCACUGUAUAGUACUAGCAGCCAGUCUCCUUCUCUACAUGCUUUUUGUUUCCAACUCUUUCAUGUUUCCUCCUCCUUGCCUUCUUCUUUCUUCUUUAUUACAUCCUUACCUUCUGCAUCCUACUUUUCCUUUUCCUCUCUCCCCUUUUAGCCAUUCCCUGCCCACAUUGCUACAGUUUCUUCUUAAUGUGACACUCAACUUCAAGUGCUCACAAGAAACCAAGAAUGUCAGGGAUAACUAUUCCUUUCAACACCUGUAAUUCAGUGCUUGCAUACCUGUAAUUAUCUCUGCAUCUAAAGUGUCUGUGAUGAGCAAUACACAUUUAGUAGUGAUGCCAUGAGCUUACAGGUCAGGGGUUUAGUUGGUGUUGGUAAUAGUUUUAAUUAGCAUGAAUAGUGACCUCUCACUCACUCCAUUUGCUCAUGCAUGUUGUUUCACUUUAUACUGAAGAACUGAAGAGCAUACUCAUGUUGGGGGAUGUUUUACCAGAACUCUUGAGAGAGAGAGAGAGAGAGAGAGAGAGAGAGAGAGAGAGAGAGAGAGAGAG